AGUGACGUUGAGUGCCAGCUGGGCAGGUCGCUUGGGUUGCAUCGCUGGCAGUGUUGCUGUGACGCUGCUUUUCAGACAGUCCCGAACCCGCCCAGUGUUCUCGUUCCUAGCGGACGCGUGUUUCUUCUCUGGUUCGGUUCGGCAAAAUGUCCUCCAGUGGCGGUGGUGGCAACGGCAGUGGAGAGUUCGGGAACCCUCUGCGGAAAUUUAAGCUGGUUUUCCUUGGGGAGCAGAGCGUUGGGAAGACCUCACUUAUUACCAGAUUCAUGUACGACAGCUUUGACAACACAUACCAGGCAACCAUUGGAAUAGAUUUUCUGUCAAAAACCAUGUAUCUUGAGGAUCGUACGAUCAGGCUACAGCUGUGGGAUACCGCUGGUCAGGAACGUUUCCGCAGCCUCAUUCCCAGUUACAUCCGCGACUCUGCUGCAGCUGUCGUGGUGUUUGAUAUCACAAAUUUAAACUCUUUUCAGCAGACAUCAAAAUGGAUUGAUGAUGUACGAACAGAAAGAGGAAGUGAUGUCAUUAUCAUGCUGGUUGGGAAUAAAACUGACCUAGCAGACAAAAGACAGGUUUCUAUAGAGGAAGGUGAGAGAAAGGCCAGGGAGCUGAAUAUUCUAUAUGUUGAAACCAGUGCUAAAGCAGGAUAUAACGUGAAACAGCUGUUUCGUCGUGUUGCUGCUGCUUUACCAGGAAUGGACACAACACCUGAGAAAAGCAAAGAAGACAUGAUUGAUAUCAAACUAGAAAAGCCUCCAGAGCAGCCAGUGACUGAGAGUGGCUGCUCUUGUUAACGUGCCCACUUCACAGAUGCCUUUCUUUUAUCAGCCAGUUUCACCCGGAGCAUCACCAUUAUUGGCAAGGCAAAAACCUACAUCCUGUGGGCUGAGUUAACAAAUAAAGUGAAUGUGUGUAUGUGAUCAUUUUUCCCUCCCUCCUUUUGUUCUGGGGUGGGGAGGGAGAGGGGGCAACACUGGAAAAUGUCUGAACUCUCUAGAUGUUUAAACUGCAUGGGUGCUUUUAGGCUUGCAGAAUGAGACUUUAUAAUAUUGUAUAGAUAUAUUGUAUAUUUAUAUUUUUGUUUGGGUUAAUUUAUUGCACUUUAAGACAAAAUAGUGGCAUUACUUUCUCACAAAGAAUUCAGAAAAGUAUAGAAGUUCAUAUUUCUUUUCUGUGAAUGUAGUAGAAAGCUGCUGUACUGGAAGAGGUGAAAAGCUCAGACUUUAUUUGUAUAGCCAAGUGGAAGGCACAGUGGUUUGAAAGAAAUCAUUUUUUCACUGUUUUGUUAUAAAUGUGUGGGUCAGAAGCUUUUAGCAGAAGCUGUGUUCAGUAGUUUGAUCUCAUUUUAUCUGAUCCUGUGCCAGAGACACAGGAAAUGAUGCCACUGUCUACCUUGGGCAGGACUGUGAGCUGUGAUUACUCACAAAUGGUACAGUAAAAAAAAAUUAUUGAUCAAGAUCUGAAAGAGAAAGCAAUUGAGUUUUACUUAAUGUGGUAAAUUAAUGGAAUAAUGGUAAUCAGAUUAGGACCACUGAACCCAUUUUCAUGUGUUAUGUGGCAUGUUUCAUCCAGUCUUCAUGGGACCAAGGUGUCCCCAUCAGCUGUGUGUUGGGUGAAUGGUUCAGUUCAAAUUUUGUAGUGUACAAGGCACCAGUGGAUUCAUGUGUUCCUGUGGUGUCCAGGAAGAAUGCAUGCUAAACCACAUUAGUAGAGGGCUGCUUAUUACAAUGACACUGGUAGUCAGAGAAAGGAGAACAGAAAAAAAAAAUUUAACUUGUGACUUUUUGAAGGCCAGGUUCAAAUGCUGUUUCUGAAACCGAAAUACACAAGCUGCUGAGAAGCUGCAUUGCCCUUUGAGAAGAUACUCUUUUUGUAGCUUGAACUCAAAUUUUCAUUCCCUUUGAAAUGAAUAGAGUAAAACAGUACUAAAAUCGUUUUGAGACUUGCAACUAAAGAUAGUGUAGGAUUUAUCAGACAGGGCUGAAAAUGUGCAUUUCUCAAACACUGUCCAGUAAAAUUAUUUGUUGUCAGUUUUCUUCAAAUUAGCUCUGACACAGUAAGUUAUUGGCAUGCUGCUGCUAAAAAUACCCUUAGUGCUUUUUGUGUCCUUAUUUUGCAGUGGUUGAAUUAAUUUUAAAAGUUGUUUGCAAUUUACUGACUAAAAGUAUUCAUUCCAUUUUUCUAACCUAAGAAACCAAAUACAUUCCAUUUGGCCCUGUUUUUUGUGGAGAGUCUGGGUGGUGAAUUUGUAGUGACUAGUGGAAUUUUAGCAAUUGUUCUUUUCUUUUAUUCUGAUUUUGUUCAUGUGUAUGUAUUAUUGUAAUUGUAAUCACAGUGGCUGUGACUGAAAUUAAUCCAUUGUGAUCAGUGCAGUACUCUAGUAAACAAACAAAAAUAAAUAUAUAAAUAAAUAAGACACCGUGGAAACCCUGCUGUUUUUGACAGUUGCCAUGUAUCAUUUAUCAUCUGUCCAAAUGCAGAAGUGCCCAUUUAAUAGUUUUUAUGAAGCACUGUAGCCUAGGGGUGAAGUACUCAUCCCCUGUAUCGAUGCUGGUUUGUAUUGGCAGUGGAGAAUGAAUUAUCAGAGGUGUGUGUGUGUGUGUGUGUGUGUGUGUGUGUGUGUGUGUGUGUGUGUGUGUGUGUGUGUAUAGCAUUCCAAGCAACUGAUACUGCCUUUACAGUAGCUUUAUUGUUAUGGAUGGGUGAGAAAUUGGUGCUUAAUCCCUGGGUUUUGAGCAGUACUGACCAAUGCAUUGUCAUUUGCUACCAUUCAGAAAUUGAGUGCUGCUUCACACAUCUAAGUAACACCCACUGCAGAAUCCUGAUGGAUAAAUGUCACCCUGUCCUUCAGUGACUGCACGUUUGCUACAGUUAAAGAAAAAAAAAAUCAAGGUUUAAUAAAACUGAAGUCAUAUGCUUGUGUGGGAAUAUUUGUUUAGUAGUAAACUGAAAAAGCAGUUAGAAAAGUCUAUAGAGUUUGUUUAAACCAUAGCAUUUAUACAGAGUCUGUUUAAACCAUACAGAUGCCUUUAUUUGCUUGACCAAAUUAGGAUUACUUUGGGGAGGAGGGCUUCUACAAUUUAUUACAUCACUAAUAAGAGUGGAAGAGAUGUUUUGGGAGUUAAAUAUACGUAUUUCAGGGAGUUCAGUGUUCUCUGUACUAAAGGUAUGUAGUAGCAUGUCUUCAGACUGUAAAUUUCAUUGCCGUUUGUACUCUGAAAAUGUUUUGCUGAUUUAGACCCAUUGCCCUCAUCCUGUUAAAUACAAAUACUACAGUAAAAAGGUUUGAAAGAUCAUGUUGUCAGUCUCUUUGAACCAUUGAUGUUGAUAGAAAGAGUGCUUUGUUCCGUAUCACACAGCUGAUUGCAGUAAAUGGGAGAAUGUAUAUUAGAAUCAGCUUUGCUAGCAAAAGAAGUGUGAGCAGAAAAUUAUGCCAUCAAAGUUUCUAAUUCAAAGUGUAACUUCAGUAUAGACAGAAUGCCUUUUUUAAUUAUGAUAUAUAAACAUUAUUCCUCAUGCUGUCUAGGAGUUGCCUUUUCCAGUGGGAAAACACCCCCCUUUUCCCCCAGUAGGACAGCACGUUUUAAAGUUCCCUGGUAUUGCAACAUUGAUGAGUAUCAGAAGUGCUGAAAUCUGUAACUGAGCCUUAAAAGUCUGAUUACUUACAUUAGGUUGUGUUUUACACAUGCCUUACUCAUUCUGUCAACCCAUUUCCCAGUUUUCAACAUUGCUGAGUUCCCUCAGAACUGACCUGAACCCACACAGUCCAUGUCACUAUUGCUGAUUGCAUAAACCAUGCUCUGUUCUGGAGGUGUGAGGUGGAACUGGUGGAGAUUAUGCAGUGUUUUAUAUUGCCUUUUAUUCACUUACUUUGAUGUGUAAUGCACCCUCCCCUUUUCCCAUCCCUUGUUUCCCAUAAACACACAUCUCACUGAGGAGCUCUGUUCAGUGUCUUUCAUUGUAUUGUUACAUUUCACAGCUUGAAUUAUUUUAUACUUGAAAAAGUGUCUUUCUCUGUUUAUGUAAAUAUUUCAUGUUCUUGAAAUAAAACGCUGGAGUGUCCAUGUCUGCGUGUACAGUGGAAGGGUUUGCUUUCUCUGUUUACUUGAAAUGUGCCCCUUUAGUCUCAGUUGUUGUUGAGAUAACUUAAUCAGGGUGGGACUUACCUAUUUAAACUCCUUACUCUCUUCACUUAAUAGUUAAGUAUGUAUUAUAUGAGUGUACGUUUGUAGCUAUGCUGUCAACUAGCUCUUAACAGAAUAAGUAAAUAUAUGACUAAGUGUCUUACAAACGAGUGUAUCACAUUGAAUAAAGCAGAUAUUUCACCAUUUA